UCUUGAAACUCUCCUCUGAAUGGCUCACAGUUGACCUAUAGCUCUGCCUGAUGGGCUGUUUUCCUCCCGUCCUUUUGACUCCCUGUCUGCUGCCCGGAGCUUUGUUUCGUAACAUGGUGUCUGUUGUCGCUUCGCUUUGGUCGGUUUAGAACUUGACAAAGACUUUGAGAGAAGAAGUCUAUUCGUUUGUGGCUGGAAUUGAAUAUCGACGCAGAGAAUCUUCUUCCUGUGCUGAGGUGAUCGACCCUGGCAGCCGUUUGUGGGCAGGGUGGGUCCAGACAGCUGAGCAGGUAUCAGCCAACGAUCUCUGCCCCCCGGGACUCCCAAAGCAGUCAUGAGCUCCAGCUUGGUCAACUCCUUAGCAAAGGUCUACGACCCCAACCCGCUGCACGGUCAGAAACUAGGGCUGGCACGAAAGCUAUCCACAGCUGGAUCGGACCGGAUCCGUACCGCCUCUCCCACGUCCUCCUCUUCUUCUUCUUCUGCUUCCUAUUCCUCCCCCGGGCCGGCCAUGCGCUGUGCUGAGAGUCGCAUGGACUCCCUCAACUCUCAGAUGGAGCAGCUGCUCCACAUGCAACACACGGUCCUGACCCGGCUGGACGGCCUGUCCCACACCCUGGGGGACAUGGGUCAAGACCUUGCCUCGAUGCGGGCGGCUGGGGCGGAGGGCCGUGGGCAAGGGGCCCAGGACUCAGAAGUGCUGGAAGUGUGUUUGGACGUGCGAGGGAUGGUGCAGGAGACCAACAGGCAGAUGGAGUGCCAGGCACUUAAGCUGGAAGGGGUGGAGAAGCUGGUGGAGGGCAUGCAGCAGGUGCUCAGCUUCAUUGGGGAGGUGGUGAAGAAAUCUAGGCUUGUGGAAGUGCUGUUUAAACAGUCUGGCAAGAGGGCCAGGAAGAAGGCUAAGGACAACAAGGCAAAGGAUGAGAAGGAGAAAGCCAAGCUCAGCCCCACCGCCUUGAAGGCUCUGAAGAAGAGAGGCCACAUAGACCCACCCCCCUCAUUCAUUCUGAACUCCAGGAAAACGUGGACAGGCUCAACCGACAGAAUGCUGAACGUACCCACUGCAACGCGGGGGCCGAGGGCCAACAAGGGGGAGGAGGAGGAGGUGGAGGAGAAGGCCAGACGGUGGGAUUUACACUGUCCGGACCACACACCAUUGAAGCCCAAUCAGAGGACGAAGAGAAAGAGAACUCAGUGGAGGAAGAAGAGGAGGAUGUGUUGGAGGUGUCUAGGGAGUCGGAGGUGGAGGUGCUCUGAGGAGCCAGGAGAGAUGGCCGCCUGCAGCAAGCGCCGCGUCACCGAGGAAGACGUGUUGAAGGAGGACCUGAAGAAAAGCCGCGUGGACCAGAGGGAGGAGGAAGGAUCCACCGAGGGAGACGGGGACGAGGACCGGGUCGGCCCGCUGUCUGCUGCGUCUGGGCCGGACGAGGGGAAGGCAGACGUGGAAGACGAUGGGGCAGAAGGGUCAGAGGCCACCGUGUCAGAAUACACGAUUGGUAGGACAUUGAUGCUUACCGAACUGCUGCUUUGGAAUCAAUGCAACAUGCAUGGCGACUUGUACGUUUACAUAAAGACACAUACUGCAGAUCGGUUCUCUUACUCUCCCUCUCUCUCUUCUCUCUCGUGCACAUUCUCUCUCGCUUGCGCACAUGCAUUUACUCUCUCCCACACAAUUUGCCAAGGAAGUAAAAAAUGUACAUAUUGUUUUGAACAAAAGGGGGACUUUCUCCACAUUGCCCUCUCUUCAUUAUCAUUGUUAUUUUCAUCCUCACAGACUCCAGCCCCCACCAUCGGCCCCUUCGACCACCGCAUUGACCCCAAACCCCAACAGAUCUCCACGUUCUACACCAUCAACAGAGAGGAAGUCCUGGGAGGGGGAAGAUUCGGACAAGUCCACAAAUGUAUGGAGAAUUCCUCUGGUCUCACAUUGGCGGCUAAGAUCAUUAAAGCCAGGAGCCAGAAAGAGAAGGAUGUGGUUAAGAAUGAGAUCCAAGUGAUGAAUCAGCUGAACCACGUCAAUCUCAUCCAGCUCCACGCUGCAUAUGAGUCACGCCAUGACAUCAUUCUGGUAAUGGAAUAUGUGGAUGGUGGGGAGCUUUUUGAUCGCAUUAUCGAUGAGAACUACAACCUAACAGAGCUGGACACUGUGCUGUUCAUACGGCAGAUUUGUGAGGGUCUGCAGUACAUGCACAAGAUGUAUAUCCUUCACCUGGACCUCAAGCCAGAGAACAUUCUGUGUGUCAGCAGAGUAACAAAUAAGAUUAAAAUCAUUGACUUCGGUCUUGCCAGGAGGUACAAACCAAGGGAGAAGCUGAGGGUGAAUUUUGGUACCCCUGAAUUUCUGGCCCCUGAGGUCAUCAACUAUGAAUUUGUUUCAUUCCCCACGGAUCUGUGGAGUCUGGGGGUUAUAACUUACAUGCUGCUGAGCGGCCUCUCUCCGUUCCUGGGAGACGAUGACAACGAAACCCUGAACAACAUCCUGGCGUGCCAGUGGAACUUUGAGGAGGAGGAGUUCCUGGAUGUGUCCGAGGAAGCCAAGGACUUCAUCACCCGGCUGCUGGUGAAGAGUAAGAGCUGGAGGAUGAGCGCCACCGCGUCUCUCAAGCACCCCUGGCUGUGUGACCCCGGCCUGCACUAUCGGCUCCAGCAGAAGAAACUCAAGUGUGAUUCUACAACCGCCCCCCCUCCGGAGAGCUAGGAGAUGAUAUCUGAUGAUAGGUCGAGGCUCCGGGGCCCCAAAACUGGACCAAUGCUGCUGAACCUGUUUCCUACCACCACUUUACUCUCUGCUUCACACCCAGGAACCAUUUUCCCCAAACAGUUCGUAGUUCUUUCUAACAGAAUGUAUCCCACGCUGUUCAAGUCACGUGUACCACUGUCCUACUGGAGAGACAACCUCUACCUCUUAGGUCCAGCUCCAUUUCACUACGCCAAGACUACUUUUCUGUGUUUGUAGAUGGUUCUUGGUUCAUGCCGUUCCCACUUAUCACCUUAAAGAAUGCAGAAUGUGCUCUGCACUAGUCAUCAUUUUGUAUAAUUAAAAAGUCCUUCUUCAAAGCAAAUCACUGUGAUAGGAGACACAGAUAAAAUGGACAAAUAUAAUGUCACGUAGGUUGGGGUAAAUUGCUAAUCCUUUUUUUGAUAAAAGCAACUAUUGCUUUUACAUAGCAUAUCUGUCUGUUGCAUGCUUUGCACUUUAUGCUAUAUUUUUCUGAGAUGUAACAAAUUACUUUGAACAAGGAAUUUUGUUGAUGUAAAUUAUCAAUAAUUGUGAACAUUAGAUUAGAUCUACUUGGCAAGUCUUAUGAAUAGAUUUUCUUUUCCUGGUAUGCAUGAGAUAAAACCCAUUCUGGCCUUCAAUCCACAGAGGACAUCUCAUGCUUCACACAAAUAACAGGAUGCUUCCCUUUGUCCCAGCCCGGUGGGGUGCUUGCCUUUGAUGAAGUUUUAUCCUGGCCUACGCUACCUUCUGUGUUUUCUAAUGUGCCACUAGCUUGCUGUGUCUUUGGCCAUUUUGAGUCCUACUUUCACCUUCCAUGAAGGCAUGACAAACAACUAAUGUUGGUUCUUAUAUGAUUUAUAUGGUAGGUAUAGUAUAUUAUUAUAUAUAUAUAUAUAUAUAUAUAUAUAUAUAUAUAUAUAUAAUCUUAUGUCCAUGUAUUAUACAUAUUAUAUAUGGUAUGCAUAGAAUAGUGUACCCGUUCAAUACCGGACUGAACUUGAAGAUGCUGUUUUAUUCACGGGAGCUUACUUUUUCAGUAUUUCCAAAUUCAUCUGCAUAGUUAUUUAAACCACAUAUGGUUCUGUUGUGCAGCGAGAAAACAGUGACAUGAAGGGAAAUUUUUCAACAUAAAAGUGCAACAUUGUUUGAAAUCAAUAGGUGCCUAGCCAUUGAUGUGGCCUACGAUAUGUUGAGUAUCCUUUUACCCUUUUGAACCUAAUGGAUAAGCUUGGGAUUUUUGCUAUACUUGAUUAUUUUGAUUUUUAUCUUUUUUUUCAAGUUUGUUUGUGUAACACAAUUAGAGAACAUGCGUUUUUAAAUGUGAAAUAAAUAUAUAUACAACACAAUA